AUGCUUCUCUCAGUAACCAGAAGGUUUAAGCUGUCGACUACUACUCUACCCUUACUCUUCCGACGACGCUUCAUGGCCUCCGUAGCUCCACCUCCCAAGCGCGUCGGCACCCACAACGGAAGCUUCCACUGCGACGAAGCCCUCGGCUGCUUCAUGAUUCGUCUCACCCACAAGUUCUCCAACGCAGAAAUCGUCCGCACCCGCGACCCCAAGGUUUUGGAGGGUUUGGACGCUGUGCUUGAUGUUGGGGGUGUUUACGAGCCGAGUACGGAUCGGUACGAUCAUCACCAGAAGGGUUUUGAGGAGGUUUUUGGGCAUGGGAUCAAUACCAAGCUCAGUAGUGCUGGAUUGGUUUACAAGCAUUUUGGGAAGGAGAUAAUAGCCAAGGAGCUUCAGGUUGAUGAAGGGCAUAUCGAUGUGCAGAGGCUGUUCUUGGCUGUAUACAAAAGCUUUGUGGAGGCAAUUGAUGCAGUUGACAAUGGGAUCAAUCAGUAUGAUACGGACCAGCCUCCAAGAUAUGUGAAUAAUACACACUUGUCUUCGAGGGUGGGGAGGUUUAAUUUGGACUGGAUAGAUCCUGAUCAGUCGUCUGAGAAGGAGAAUGAAGCCUUUCAACAAGCAAUGGCUCUAGCUGGCAGUGAAUUUUUAAAUAGCCUCCGUUUUCAUGCCAAAUCGUGGUUACCGGCACGGUCUAUUGUGAUGGAAUGUCUCUUAGCAAGAUGGAGUAUCGAUUCCAGUGGAGAAAUUAUGGUUUUGAAUCGGUUUUGUCCUUGGAAGCUUCAUUUAUUUGAACUUGAAGAGGAGAUGAAGAUCGACCCUCCCAUCAAAUAUGUUCUCUAUCAGGAUGACAGGAGUAAAAGCUGGCGUGUUCAAGCGGUGGCAGUAGCCCCUGAUAGAUUUGAGAGCCGAAAGCCUCUUGCAUCUCAAUGGCGGGGUCUGAGGGACGAUGAGCUCUCAACAGCAACCGGAAUUCCCGGAUGCGUCUUUGCCCACAUGAGUGGGUUCAUUGGCGGCAAUCAAACAUACGAGGGUGCUCUUGCCAUGGCCAAGGCCAGUCUGAAGCUUUCAUGAACAAGAUUUUGACCUGCAUUAGCAUUUACCGAUUCAGAUGGAUUACUAAACUCAGACCUUCGCAUUCUCAUCUCCCUAAGGAACCAUUUUUCCCUUGAGUUUCUACAAAUUGUAUUGCAAUAUGCCCAUGACUUGAGCCUUGAGGCUAUUGUUUUACUAAUGACUUGGAAUUCGCAAUUUAUCUAGCUAUAUGUAUCUGGUUGUUCAUUUGGCAUUGAAGUUGAUUUAGACAUAUA